AUGACAACCUCCAGAUUCUGGCUCGAGUUCCCCGACUUCAAGCCUAACCCCCACGCCCCGAUCACUGAGGAAUUCAAGCGCCUGGCUGCACAGAGGGGCUGGAAGCCGGGCUCCAGGACCUGGCGCAAGCGAUGGAACGCCUUCGUCAACAUCGAAUACGACCGAAUCAUCGGUAGCCGCCUGGCGUCCCUAGAGGAAUGGCGCAAGUUGUGUGCGCUGUUUGACCUGCCUGGACCAUUUCCUUCCAUCACAAAGUGCAAAAAGGCAUUGUCGACAGUGCAUGUCAAUCUGGUGGACCUUAUCGAAUGUCGACAAUUGGACACGAAACCGAAGACCUUCGCCAGCGUCGCGCAGCUUGCGAAAUAUACCAGGGACACGGGGAAGUUCUUCCACAGGACCCUGGCGAAGCAGGACAAGUUGCUCAAGGUCUUCUUGAGGAAAUUGGCCUAG